AUGGCAUUAUCGUGGUUGUUUUUGCUGAUGCUGGGAGCCAGCUGUGUUUCAUCGGCACGGAUUGCUGGCUUUCAUAUGAUUGGAGGCUCACAGUAUAUUAAUACAAAGCUUGUACUUGAAGAAUUGGCUUCGAGAGGCCAUGAGGUAUUUUAAACAAAUAGCCUUUAAUACUGACAGAUCAUUCUACUGCCCAAAAAGAACCGAUCACGGCUACCCUUAAGACUCGUUGAACUUAUUUAAUGAAUAUGCCAUCCUUGAUAAUUGUUAUAUCUUUAUAGCAUCAUACAGUACUUGACAUUUGCCGAGAACCCUGAAGCGUCAUCGAUCCUUCUUAUCGAGGUUAAAUAGAUGACCAAGUUCGCUGAAAAAAGCUGUUCAGCGCCUUCACAGGUCAUAUUCCACGGGUCAAAAAACUUGUCAUCAUGUAGCCUGCUAACAGGCUCUCCGGGGCCGCCGCCAGAGCUCCCUGGAGAGCUUACUAGAAGGCUAGCCACAGGAUACAAAUGUAAAGACAGGGUAAAAAGUGUCUUCUCGCCUCGGGUGGUAACCUGAAUUUCAUCCGAUUACUUCGAGUCGAAAACGACUCGAAGCAAUCGGAUGAAUUACUCGAAAAAAUUUUGAACAGGUGAGGCUCCGUCUCGAGGUCCAUUCCUUAACCCUAUUAUAUACCAUUUUACACAGAAAAGGUACCCUUUUGGGUGGAGUCCCCCGUAUAGGCCAUAAAACUGGAGUACCAACCCCCCAGGGGCUUCUGGUCCACAGAACAAAAAAUGCCACAUGUACCUCAUAGACAUUAUGAAAUGUAUCAGAUUGAUGCAAAAAGGGUUAAAAUUGGCCUUCUUGCGUCGCCUAUCAAGAGAUCAGAUUUACUAUGAAAUAUUCAAAAAGAAUAUUAUUAUGUACUACCUUCAGUUGAGUUGAAUCUUCUAUAAUUCCGAUGUUAGGUCACAUUGGUCGUUCCAUCUUCCCAAAAAAUUAAACCAAGUGAAAAAGUGCCUCACAAGAUUUACCAGGUUCCAUACCAACCCAACUGGAUUGAAGACUUGAUGAAUAAGUACCUACUACAAGGACACCAGUUUCAAUACAUGUUUAAAUUUAUGGAAACACUGGUUGGUCUGUGCGAGGCUGCUCUUAACAGCUCAGAGGUUCUUGAACAACUAAGAGGUUUUUACUUGAUCAUCUAUGACAACUUAGCAUUCUGUGGUCCAUUAAUUGGUGAACAUCUUGGCCUCCAGAAAGUUGAGUUUUUGCCAUUACCACCAAGUGGAGACCUGCUGCACAGGACACCCAGGCCAAUCUCAUAUACUUCAUAUCUCUGGGUCGGGCUAACUGAUAAAAUGUCAUUUUUUGAAAGAUUGCUGAGCCUGGGAGCUUAUAUUGGUGGAGAAGUCAUGGUUUAUCGCGCAAUUACAAGACCAUUCAAUACUCUUAAGGUGAAGUACAACAUCAAACCCGAUAUAGACUUCAGAGAUUCUGCUUGUGACACUCAACUCCUCAUAAUGACCGCAGAUUUUGCAGUGGAGUAUCCACAACCUUUAUUGCCAGGUACAUGUAGUCACAGAAUGUUAUUUGAUGUACAUUUUUAGCAAGAUGACAUUUUAUAUAAGGGGUUAGUCAGCAUUUGUUAUUUUCAUUUACUAGGUAUUUCUUUAUGCGCAACACUAAGCGAUACCUUUACCGGUAAUUUAAGGGUGAAAAUAUUGGCAUUCUGUCCAGGACGCCUUAAGUUACAUGAAAAUCUCUAAUUUCUAUCCCUACACAAGGUGUCAAGCAUCCCCUUUUUUGUAUGGAAGUCAAACCCCCCUACUCCUCAACCCCCCCCUGCCCUUAUCGGCUCACAACAAGUUAUCCGCACAUUAGAAUAAUUUUUACACAUCAUCCACAUUUGCAGACCAAGUCAUGGUUGGACCUCUGACUGUCAAAGAAGCUAAACCUCUCCCCCCUGAUUUAGAGGAAUUUGUGUCAAGUUCAGGGGGGAAUGGUUUCAUCGUUGUUUCCUUUGGAUCAAAUGUUGGUACACUCUCUCAGGCUACAGUAGACACAUUAGCUGAAGCUUUUGGAAAGCUCAAACAGCAAGUUGUUUGGAAACUUCAAGGUAAUUAAUUAUGCCAAACUCGUUACAUCUAAUUAAGGCAUUAACUCCAUAAAACUCUGUGGCAGUUUCAGAUCAUGACAUUCUUUCAUUCACAGGUUACAUCCCUCCUUCUGUCAGUCCAAACAUCAAAAUAGUGAAGUGGUUACCUCAGAUUGAUCUUCUGGGUCACAAGGACAUCAAAGCAUUUGUCUCCCAUGCAGGACACAACAGUGUGUACGAGUCUACGUAUCAUGGGGUUCCUUUGGUGGCCUUUCCUUUGUUUUCAGAUCAACCGGCUAACGCAAAGAAAAUUACACACCUUGGGUUGGGUCUGAGGGUGGAUCAUCAAAACUUUACUGCACAAGAAAUGUUUGAGAAGAUUGAGCUUGUCAUUAAAGAGCCAAGGUAUUUGUUCUUCCUCUUUUUCUGUGUACUAAAACUCAGUUUCCUCAGCACAGAGCUAGGUCGCUAAACGGGCACAUGGUCGCAGAAGGGUCCGUAUUAUCCAGGGCCUGGUUUCUGAAAGGCCGAUAAGCGUUAUUCCAGGAUUAAAAUUUUGUUCCGUUUUUGUAUUUUUCCUUCCUAUGUUUUGCUUAGAGUAACAUUUUGUGUUAUCAUUACUGUAUCUCUGAGUAAAGGCUCAACAGUCUUUCGUUAGCUCAAGUUGCAUGUUCUUAGACAAGAAAACCUUGUUUAAGAUUUGGCUUAAUCCUGAGUUAAACUUAACCAUCUUUCGAGGAACCGGGCCCCCAGAUCGUUACUGGAGACGCGUUGUUCAACUAUUGGCCAAUUUUCUCCCUGUCCUAUUACCAGAAUCCUGUGCAAAAGUUUACUUGGUCCAGUUUUCUUCUCUUUUCUAAAGUGGCGAAUGUUUUUUGGCCAAAACUGGUGCGGAAUUAUCAGUUGUUGUUUUUGUUUUGUUUUGUUUUGUUUUUUAGAUUCAAAGCCAAAGCGAUACAUAUUUCUGGUCUGAUAAAAGACCGUAAACGCACGCCUCUUCAAGAGACUGGUGAUUGGAUAGAGUAUGUACUCAGACACGGUGGAGCUCGUCAUCUCAGAGCUCAAGUGUUUAACAUCCCUUGGUAUCAGUACUACCUUCUUGACGUCAUAGCUUUCCUUGUUGCCAUGGUGACCUUUGUUGUCAUGGUGAUCAGGUUGGCAUGUCACUGCAUAUGUCGUUUGUGCUGUAAGAAGGACAGCGACAAGGCCAAGAAGGAAUGAUAGUCUUAAGAAAUCCCGUUGUCUUUCUCGCCGGCGACAGUACUGAAUAGUCUGUUCUCGUUUCUUCUUGUUUUUCUUUAAUACACUCGCGCAACGAAGCGGGGACAACAGGUAGCUACAGGUCGGGCUCAAAGUCAUUAAGAUCCACAGAAGUGAAAAGGACGUUUCGCUAGAGGACUUCUUUUAAUCUGAGGCGAAAUACUGUAGAUGCCAUAAAGGGAACAUUCUGCUUGGGUUAAGUAAACCGACGCCAGCAGGAAAGUAGAGGAUUAUUUUCGGGAGAGGCUCCUCUUUUCAGAAGUAUCUCUCACUUCAGGUCUAUAUCCUUCCCUUAGGGAGAUACUGAAAGGUUUUUUUUUCUGUGUCACCUGCAUUCCGGCCGAACCCUUGUGAAGCCAAUUCAAUACCCUGUUCAGGUUCAUUAACGAAACCCAUUUAUUCUAGAGUGUCCCUACGUUAGGCCAAAAAAAAAUCCAGACUAACUAUAUCCGGCUUUACCUAUAGGAGGCGAUUAGUCGGUUCGUGACGUCUUUCUCAGCUCUUGAAGAAUGUCACAUACACGAUUAUAGCCUACGUGUCGGAGAAAACGUUUUCCCAAUGUUUUCGGGUGGAAAAAGAACGCCUGCCCAAAUGUUUAUGAAAGAAUCCCCCGAGGGGUUUAUUUUUUUCUAGCCAUAUAUAGUGUAUAAAAACUGAAGAGGACAACCCUUGAUUAUCCGUUCAAUGAAGCACUGAUGAAGGAUGCUAAAACAGGGGCGGAUCUAGGGGGAGGGUGCAGGGGGUGCGCACCCCCCCUGAGAUGACCUGCGGUUUUCUAAUACAACUGGUAUCCUGCAAAAAAAAAACUAUGUGGUUUAUUGGUGUUGAAGUAGAGCAAGAGACGAGUGCACCCCCUCCUAAAAAAUCCGGGAACCGCCCCUGUAAAAGCCAACAUCGUCCUAAACUUUGAGUUAAUGCAUUUGUAUAUCGUCCUUUUCAAAGCAUUUUGUUGAUUCCUAGUGAAUAGACUGCUUGCAGUCCGCCUUUUCUCUUAAAAUCCGUCUAUUUCUUAUCUAAUCCAGCGCGAUUGCAAAUUUAGGGAUUGAGACGGCAGUAACUUUGCAAAGAAAAAUAAGAGACUGCUGGCAGUCUACCCAUUGAAAGGUUAAUGUAACAAAGAGAAAUAAUGAUAAACAAUUAAUUAUUGUUAAUUAUUCAUGAUUAUUGUUUUCUGCGACCAAAAACGAGCAGCUCCUACAUUACUGGUAACAAAUCAAAUCCAGUCGUAGCAGUAUGGGCUGAGAGCGUGGGGAUUUUUUUUCUUGCAGGCUAGCAUGGCUAAUGUCUGUAUAUUAAACUGAAAAGAAAAAACAAAAAAACAACAUCAUUCUGUAGUGGAGUAUGGUCUCCUUGUCAAAGAAAGCCUAAAUCACGUCCAAAAUGGAGUGAGUUUUUAAAAUGCUAUUUUUUGGACGAGCUUCUACGUCCCCGUAUGGGAGUCCCCGCCCCCCGUCCCCCGGCCUCUCCUGGGAUUGUGUCCCAGCCAAGGAUUACGUGACGCAGUAGGUAAAAAGAAAGGGACGCGAAGUGCAAAGCUUGACAUGCUACUGAAGAUGGUGGUGUUAUCUUUACUUUUGCUGUUAUUGGCAGUUAAUACUGCUUCGUUGGCAAAGAUAGCUGGUUUUGCAGCAGUUGGAGGGUCUGGAUACAUCAACAUGAGAAAUAUCAUGGAAGAACUGGCCUCUCGCGGCCAUGAGGUACACUAAUACAGAAUAUAUAUGUCGUGGUUCAAUUUUAUCCUUGGUUUAAAUUUUAUUUUUCAUUGUUUCAAUUAUCAUGCAUUACCCUACCCAAAAACAAAGGGAAAUAAAAUUUAAACCAAGGACAAUAUUGAACCCCAACAUAUACAUUAAACUCUCUAAGUAAGCUGACACCUUGUACUAUAUUUAAAAGACGCGAGCCUCAGAAAAAACGUUAUUUCCUGUAUCAAACGGACACCUAACGUCCGUCUCGUGGGAGCUCGCUGGCUCAUAUGUCGAAAUCAAAUCACAAAUGCCUUCGAAGUUUUAACUUGAUUAGGCAGCGAUGCACGCUUAGAGGUAGAAGUUAAAUCUUGUUGUCGUGACUGACCCAUAGCGAAGGCAACUCAUUAAAUAUUUGAAAUUAUUAUUAAAAAGUGACGGAUUUCACAUUGUAAUAAAACUCGAUAUUGCCCAGUUCUUUUUUUGCUAGUCAGCAUUUUCAGCAUAGAUCUUUCACUGCACAAAAAUAAUUAUUCAAACAGCUCAAAUGACAGUGAAAUGAUGUUUUUGCUACCUAUUGUGCCGGGGCGGCCGCGCGAUUCAGUGUAAAAGUUGACUGCGGACUGUGGACUGUGGACUGUGGAUUGCGGACUACGGAUUGCUGACUAGGUAUAACACGACAUCUAGAUUUUGGCAGUAUUUCGGGCUUGAGAGGAAAUUUAAAACGGGAUAAAAGGAUUGCAAGUGAAUUUUAGGGACUGAGGGAAAAUUUUAGACGGACGGAGGAAAACGUUCGCCAAGCAGUUAUACACUGUGAGACGUGUUCAGUCUGAACCUUUUUAUAGCGAUGUUUUUCAAAGAUGCUGAUGCCAUUUUGCACAUGCUUUUAGUAUUAGCAUUGAAAAUUUUGAGGUUGCACGGAAGACUGGGGGGGGGGGGGGGGUCAGGCCACUUAGGCAUGACUAUCUAAUUAGAUAUGCAUAUUUUGAUGAAAUGCUAUUUAGAACGAUUUGCUUCUAUCAAUGAUCUUCAAAAUUGGACUACUAAUGUAGUUUAAUGGCCUUAGCAAUACUGAGACAUUUUAAAAGCUCAAACUUUUGUCACGUGACUUAUAAUUAAGAAUUAACGGUCAAAAUAUCUAUUCUAAAAUGGCGAAAUGAUAACAGGUUCUUUUAGGUAUAUUUCAGAGGCUAUUGAAAAGGUUCUGAAAAAUUCGCUUUGUAAGUGUUUACGUUAUAUAGGAAUAGGUAAAUAAAGGGAAAAGGGUCACGUGACUUGUUAAUUAUUUAAAUAUCUAAUAGGAUAAAUAACAUUUCCAAUCAUACAGGAGCAAUUUACGAUUUACACUGUUUAUGUAACAUUUUGGUAGUGAAAAUUCCCAAGAUUAAGGUUUGCAACCCUUCCCCGUUUACGAAAAACGUGUUUUGUGUCGUCAUUGACGAAACAAUGUCACGUGUUAUUUGAAAUCACGUUUUACGUGUUUUUUUUUAAUUAUUAUUAUUCCGUGUUUUCACUCACGCGGUCAGCUUCUAUUUAUUAUUUAUUUAUUUAUUGGAACAAAAGAAAGCGUUUACAUAAGAAAAGAAUUCAACUCCACAGGACUGGUUUGGGACACAAACAUGGCCGCCGUUUCAUUGUUUUGGGACCAAAUUUCGCCAUGUUUUGGGAAACAAAAUUGGCCAUUUGCCUUUUGACGUCACUGAUGGAAUCAAACCGGUUAAAAUAGCAUUUAACAAAAUAUUCAUAUUUAAUUAGGUAGUCAUGUCCUGAGUGGUCUGAUGCUGGGCAAACAAGUUGUAUUAUGGGAGGGAGGUCAGGAGAGGUCGUGCAGAUGCAAUCGGUAUUAGUGUUAGUCACUACCGUGUGCAUUAUAUAGGUACUAUAGUGACGAAGAGGGGCAAAGGCCGUUUAAUGGGUUUAAAAACUGCGAUCCAAAGAGUGUUUUUUUUAGCCAGCAAUUUGGCGUUAUUCGCGCCUUCCCUUCAAUAUUGUACCUAAUCUCGUGUCCAAAGGACCUGCUUGGUCACGCGCUACUUAUCGGAACGUUCUAGAUGCUGUGGGAAGGAGACUGUAUUUUACUUGUUUUGUUUUGCUGUAUUAUCUAUAUCUUAGGUCGUGCUCGUUGUUCCAUCCUCCCGUAAGUUGAAACCAACUGAUAGAUUAUCACUCAAGAGCCACAAGAUUUACCAAGUACCAUACAAACCUGGCUUCGAGGAGGAGAUGAUUCGGCUUGAUAUAGAGGGACGCACUUUUCAGUUCUUCAUGAAAAUGAAUGAAGUAUUGUCUACGUUAUGCGAAAGCGUCUUGAACAGCACGGAAAUCCUGAAGGAACUAGAGGGUUUCGACUUGAUUAUUUAUGACGGCAUCAGCAAUGGUGCUGUAUUGAUCGGAGAGAAGUUCGAUAUUCCAAGGGUGGAGAUACUGCCCGACCCACCAAAUGUCCCAUUUGGCGGGUUCGCCCAUAUGAUUCCGAUGCCGGUGUCGUACGUUCCCCAGCUUAUCACCGAAUUUUCUAACGAGAUGACAUUUGUGGAGAGAGUACUCAAUUUAGGAGCAUAUUUGGUCUCUAAACUCGGAGUUAGUCUCCUCAGCUACAGAAAAAUGGACGCCUUAAAGGUUAAAUACAAUAUUAAACCUGAAAGAAGCUUCGAAGAAGCUCUUGCGGAUGCCGAAAUGGUUAUUAUCGGAGCCGAUUUUGCCGUGGAAUAUCCACAACCUCUUCUGCCAGGUAUGACAGCUUAUACGAAAAGCCUAAAGGAAUUUAUCGUUAACCUAAGCCUAGGAGCCAGCGCUAAAUGUUGUUCAAGUGCUCCUCAGGAAUUUUUUUCUCCCCUAAAUUGAAGAGUACUAGAAUGUCGCUUUCUGGGCGUGGCUUAAACUCGUUUUAACCCCUCCAAAAAUUUUUUGAGGAACAUAAGUUCCGCCAGUUUUUGGCUUAAUUCCCUAAACAGCCUGCUUAGCAGGCGCUAUUCUCGUUCUUCUGACCAAAGGGAUCGCGGUCUCUGGGACAAGAACUGCCAGACCGGGUGAAAGAGACAUUUUGGAGGUUAACCCCAUAUUUCUUAUGCAGCUACCACAAAAUCUAUACCCUAAAGGACCGCCCACCCCUUUCUUAAAGUCCCAACGACAGAUCGAACGGCAGAAAACUGAGCUGGGAGAAAUUACAUAAAUUACCUCGCUUGUGAUAUUACAGCGCAUAACGAAUGCAGGAAUAAAGAAAUGACUUAAGUCGAUAACGGAAACGGCUUAGGAAUGAUACUGUCAAAGAAUCAGUUCAUCCAUAAACACGGGCACCCACCGACGGUUUCCUCCUAAAUGCAUUGAAAAUACUUUUUAGGCUAUCCAGAGUACUUCUAGAUCUCUAGCAAUGAAUUCUAAGCGGCGCUAUAAAAUUUACAUCUGUUCGGUCAUCCUAGGGGAACUUGAGUCUUUUCGAAAUUACGAGGGUCUCAGUAUUAUUUUCUCGAAAAUUUCACAUGCAACUUUAAGUUUUACGAAAGUGAAAAUUUGUCUGAUCCCUCUCUCCAUGGCAUUUUCGAACCCGAAAAUUUUAGGUUUCCUUUUUCUGUAAAAAAAAAUAGUGUAACCUGGGGACUGAAAUGCGAAAAAUUGAACUUUAGAAAAUCGUAAGGAAUUUAUUUGAUAUGCUUCGAAAAUUGUACACAAAUGGAACGGUCAUCUAGAAAUUUUUAGCCUUCCUCAAGCUAUAGAAAAUUGUAGGGAAUUUUUACUUCUCCAAACAGAUAUUUUACAGAAAACAGUCGUUGGCCGGUGCUUCUGAAUAAAGUCUAUGGAUUGUAAUACGCUUAACCUGGUUUGACUUUAUUAAUACUAAACUGAUGAUUACGAACUGGUCUUUUUUGUUAGGUCAAGUCAUGGUUGGGGCUCUCAAUGUCAAAACAGCCAAGCCUCUUCCCCCAGAGUUGGAGAAAUUUGUAAGUGCCUCAAGAGAGCAUGGCUUCAUUAUCGUUUCCUUUGGAACCAACGUGGCUUCUCUUCCCAAAGCGGAAGUGGAUAUGCUCGCUGAAGCGUUUGGAAAGUUGAAACAAAGAGUUGUUUGGAAAGUCAAAGGUAAUCAUGGAAUGACGUCAUAUAUAUAGUUUGUAACUUUUUGUAAACUGGGGCUUCGUCAACGGGUAGGAUUUAAUAAUAAUAAUAAUAAUAAUAAUAAUAAUAAUAAUAAUAACGAUGAUGAUGAUGAUGAUGAUUAAGAGGUAGCACAUCCACAAAGUGGUUCUUCGUCUACCUGAUUCCUGGUCGAAUUGGAAUUUGGAAAUGUUGGUUUUUCAAGGGAAGUGAAAACCGGAAUACCCGGACCAAAACCUAUCGGAGCAAAGGAGAGAACUAACAACAAACUCAACCAAAUGACGAAUGGCGUCAACGCCGGGAUUUGAACCCGGGCCACAUUGGUGGGAGGCGCCAGCGCUCUCACUACUACGCCAUCCCUUGCUCGGCUCACGUGAGAUUUCACGCGAUGAGGUUUAGAAUAUGGUAGGGAAAAUAAUGAUUUAAUGGGUGAUUGCAAGGUCAGUGCGCUGAAAGUCAUUACUGCAAGUCGGUACGCAGUACUAGACAAAUUAAGGGGCUAGCGUUCGACACGUCACGUUUUCAAGAGUUUCUUUGCAUCUCCUCUGCACCUUACAAACCUCAGCCCUAUUAGACAACGAUAACGGUGUUUAGAAACUAACUCCUUCAACCCUGAUUUCCGAAUCAAAUCAGGAUGACUCUAUUCUUUUGCAGGUUACAUACCUUCUUCCCUGAGCCCAAACAUCAAAGCACUGGAGUGGUUACCUCAGAAUGAUCUUCUGGGUCACAAGAACAUUAAGGCGUUUGUGUCUCAUGUAGGACACAAUAGUCUUUACGAGUCCGCGUAUCAUGGGGUCCCUGUGGUGGCGUUUCCUUUGUUUGGAGACCAGUACUCCAAUGCAAAGAAAAUAGCUCAUCUUGGUCUUGGUUUAUCUGUGCAUCACCGAACUACUAGCGUGCAGCAGGUGGUUGAAACGAUUGAAACUGUUGUUUCUGAACCACGGUAUUUUGUCGUUUUUCUUUUCUCCCGUUAAGUUUACCAAGAAUGUAAGGCCAAAGGAGCUUUUAUACAGGGGAACUUCACGAAAGAGCAUUUGAAAAAAAGGGGAUGCAACGUAUAGCACCAAGUAGAAAAUUAAUAACAGGGUGUUUUCACUCACACAUGUGGUUAUUGUCUAUGCAAAUGUAUUGCGACAAAAGAAAGUGUUUACAUAAGAAAAAGAGUUCAACUUCCACAGGACUAGUUUGCAACUCCAACAUGGGAGCUCUCUUUUGGGAGACCAACAUAGAGAACAGGACGCCAUGUGACAUGGCUCUAUACUGUUGAUUAGCGUUGAUUUUAAUAUCCGUACUUUUCUUUUCAUCAUUUACGGGGUCAAAAAUUUGGCCCAAUAUUCCUUCUCUCGUCUUUUGUUCAUACCAGCAUUUCCCUUGCGUCCGCCGACCUUCGCUUCAUUCAUGCCAAUCCAAAGAUUUUUUUUAAUCCUCGAUUAGUUCGACUACUUCUUUAGACUCUAAUUCGAGUGUUUUUCACUUGCUCCUGGGCUAGGAUUUAAAGUCGCCUGCACAAUGACGCGACUCAUUGCUCUUCUUGUUGUUGUUCUUUGAACGGGCCUCACAAUUCUAGAUUAAAGUAACCUGAAUUUCAUUAAACAUUCGCCACGUAAGAAACGAGAAAAAAACUGGGCUGAACUAACUUUCGCAAAGACUUCUGGGACGGUUUUAGGGAGCGGGGAAAAACAUUGGCCAAUAGCUGACUGGCGCGUCCCCAGUAACAAUCCCAGAAACAAUUGCGGGACGCAUCUCGGCUCCAGUUCCCCUCUCGUUUCUAAGGUGGUGAAUGUUAACAUACAAUUGAACCCAUCUGUCUUUUUUGUCCUUUUAGAUUUAAAUCCAAUGCAAUGCACAUCUCCGGUCUGUUAAAAGAUCGCCAACGCACUCCUCUUCAAGAAACUGCUGAUUGGAUAGAGUAUGUACUCAGACAUGGUGGAGCCCGGCAUCUCAGAGCUCAAGUGCUUAACAUCCCUUGGUAUCAGUACUACCUACUUGAUGUUAUAGCUUCUCUUGUUGCUAUGAUAACCUUGGUUUUCAUGGUGAUAAGGUUGACUUGUAGCUGCAUAUGUCGUUUGUGCUGUAAGAAGGAGAGCGACAAAGCCAAGAAGGAAUGAUAGUCUUAAGAAAUCCUGUUGUCUUUCUCGCCGGCAACAGUACUGAAUAGUCUGUUCUCGUUAAUUUCUUCUUGGUUUUCUUUAACACACUAGCGCCAGGAAGAGGCGACAACAGGUCGGGCUCGAAAUCAUUAAGAUCCAUAGAAGUGAAAAGGACGUUCCCUUGAGGACUUCUUUUAAUCUGAGGCGAGAUACUGUAGAUGCCAUAAAGGGAACAUUCUCCUUGGAUUAACUAAACCGAGGCCAGCAGGAAAAUAGAGGAUUAUUUUCGAGAGUGGCUCCCCUUUGCAGAACGAUCUCUUAUUUCAGAUUUAUAUUCUUUCCUUAGGGAUAUACUGCCCGGGGGGGGGGGGGCACUUGGGUAUUUUUUGGGUGGGUAUGUGCCGCCCGGGACUCCAAAUUGGCACCCCGUUCUAAAAAAAAUUUCCCCUAAAAUUGAUACCCCUUUCUAGAAAUGGGCCAGUUUUUUAUACCCCGUUCUAGAAUUCGCCCUAAAACUGAUACCCCGUUCUAGAAAUGGGCCAAUUUUUUAUACUCCGUUCUAGGGUGCAACAAGAGUACAACAGUCUGCUUGUUAACGCACUGUACCGUAUUUUUAACAUGUUUAAAAGCAAUCUGUCCUUGAAUAAUUUUAAAUGGCUGCUUACAAAACUGGAGCUUUCGUGCGUUCGAAAUAUUAUACCCCGUUCUAGAAAACGCCUAUGAAAUGGAUACCCCGUUCUAAAUCAGGAGCUUCAAAAUCACGACCCCUUUGGGCGGCACAUACUCGUAUAGGUAAUGUAUGGGAGUUCCCCCCCCCCCGGGUAUACUGUAAGGUGUUAAUUGGGGAGGACUGUGUCACCGGCAUCCUGGCCGAACCCUUGUGAACUCAAUACCAUGCCCUGUUCAGAUUCAACAAGGAAACCCAUUUGUUCUAGAGUGACUCUAUAGGCUAGACCAAAAAAAAUCCCAGUAAAGUAUUCCAGAGUCCAGACUAACUAUAUCCGGCUUUACCUAUAGGAGGCGAUAACUCGAUUCGUGACGUCUUUCUCGGCUCUUGAAGAAUGUCACGUACGCGGUUAGAGCCUACGUGUCGGAGAAAACGUUUUCCCAAUGUUUUUCAGUGGAAAAAGAACGUCUACCUUGAUUGUUUAUGAAAGAAUCUGCCGAGCAGUUUAUUUUUUUUAGCCAUAUAUAGUGUAUAAAAACUGAAGAGUAUGGCGGCCAAUAUCGUCCUAAACCGUUGAGAUGAGGCAGUUGUUUAUCGUCCUUUUCAAAGAAUUUUAUUGAUUCCUAGUGACUGGUUAUUGUAACAAAGCGAAACAAUGGGAAAAUAUGAUGAACAAUUAUGUGUUAUUGUUUUCUGCGACCAAUAAAGAAACACCUUACGAGCAGCUGCUACAUUACUGGUAACAAAUCAAAUCCAGUCGUAGCAGUAUGGGUUGAGAGCGUGGGGAUUGCAGGCUAGCAUGGCUAAUAUCUGUCUGAAAAGAAAAAACAAAAAAACGACAUCAUUCAGUAGUGGAGUAAGGUCUUCUUGUCAAAGAAAGCCUAAAUCACGUCCAAAAUGGGCUGAGUUUUUAAAACGCUAUUUUUUGGACGAGCUUCUACGUCCCCGUAUGGGAGGCCCCCGCCCCCCGCCCCCGGCCUCUCCUGGGAUUGUGUCCCAGCCAAGGAUUACGUGACGUAGGUAAAAAGAAAGGGACGCGAAGUGCAAAGCUUGACAUGCUAACGAAGAUGGUGAUGUUAUCUUUACUUUUGCUGUUAUUGGCAGUUAAUUCUGCUUCAUCGGCCAAGGUAGCCGGUUUUGUAGCAAUUGGAGGGUCUGGAUACAUUAACAUGAGACAUAUCAUGGAAGAACUGGCCUCUCGCGGCCGCGAGGUACGCUAACAAUAUACAUGCUGAAUACAUGCAUCACACUCUCUAACUGAGCUGACAACUUGUACUGUAUUUAAAGGACGCAAACCUCAGAAAAAAACCUGAUUUUCUGUUAAACAACACCUAACAAGGGUCUCGUGGAUAGAUUGCUGAUCUUUCAACCAGCGAGCUCAUAUGUCGAAAUCAAAUCACAAAUGCCUUCGAAGUUUUAACUUGAUUAGGCAGAGGUGCGCGCUUACAGGUAGAAGUUAAAUUUUGAGAACUUUUGUAAUCAAAAUGUGCUGUUAUUUUCCAAAACAUUUACGAUUUUUGAAAAUUUUGUUGUCGUGACUGACCCAUCGCGAGGGCAACUCAUUAAAUAUUCGAGAGAUAAAAGUUGAUUUUUGAAUUUAUUAUUAAAAAGUGACGGAUUUCACAUUGUAAACUCGAUAUUGCCCAGUUCUUUUUUGCUAGUCAGCUUUUUCAGCACAGAUCUUUCACUGCACAAAAAUAAUGAAACAGCCAGCCCAAAUGAUGCUUGUGCUAAAAAUGAUUAGUCAUGGUGAUUUUAAAAGGCCGGGGCGGCCGUGCCAUUCAGUGUAAAGGGAGGACUGCGGACUGCGGACUGCGGACUACGGAUUGCUGACUGGGUGAAAACACGACGUCUAGAUUUUAGCAGCAUUUCGGGAUUAAGGGGAAAUUUAAAACGGGAUAAAAGGAUUGGAAGUGAAUGUUAGGGACUGAGGGAAAAUUUUAGACGGACCGAGGAAAACGUUCAAGCAGUUACAUACUGUGAGACGUGUUCAGUCUGAACCUUUUUAUAGCGAUGUUUUUCGAAGAUGCUGAUGCCAUUUUGCACAUGCUGUUAGUAUUAGCAUUGGACGUCUAGAUUUUGGCAGCAUUUCGGGAUUAAGGGGAAAUUUAAAACGGGAUAAAAGGAUUGCAAGUGGAUGUUAGGGACUGAGGGAAAAUUUUAGACGGACUGAGGAAAACGUUCGCCAAGCAGUUGCAUACUGUGAGACGUGUUCAGUCUGAACCUUUUUAUAGCGAUGUUUUUCUAAGAUGCUGAUGCCAUUUUGCACAUGCUGUUAGUAUUAGCAUUGGACAUUUUGAGGUUGCACGGAAGACUCGGGGGGGGGGGGGGAGGGUGGCAAACAAGUUGUAUCAUGGGAGAUGAGCAAAUGAUGAAUACAAGUAUUGUGUUAGGUCAGGAGUGGUCAUGUGCCCUAAUGCAAAUGAUAAUCAGGAGGUAUUCGGUGUUAGUCACUACCGUGUGUAUAAUAUAGGUAUACGUACAAUAUAUUUUUUUGAAUUUAAAAACUGCGAUCAAAAGAGGGUUUUUUAGCCAGCAAUUUGGCGUUAUUCGCACCUUCCCUUCAAUGGGAAGGCUGAUUUAGCACCAGAACGGGAACGUCAGUUGACGACGGCGCGCGCAAAUUAAAGAACUGGCUUGACCAAUAGCAGAGCGGCAAAUUGGGCACCGGAAGUCGUGUUUAGUCCUUUCCGCGCGCUUUCCUGUCGUCUACUGACGUUCCCGCCCGGUUGCUAAAUCAGCCUAUUGUACCCAAUCUCGUGUCCAAAGGACCUUCUUGGUCACGCGCUACUUAUCGGAACGUUCUAGAUGCUGUGGGAAGGACAUUGUAUUUUACUUGUUUUCUUUUGCUGUAUUAUCUAUAUCCUAGGUCGCGCUUGUUGCUCCAUCCUCCCGUAAAUUGAAACCGACUGAUAGAUUGCCACUCAAGAGCCACAUGAUUUACCAAGUACCAUACAAACCCGGCUUCGAAGAAGAGACGAUUCGGCUCGAUUUAGAGGGACGCACUUUUCAGUUCUUUCUGAAAAUGAAUGAAGUAAUGUCUACGUUAUGCGAAAGCGUCUUGAACAGCACGGAGAUCUUCAAGGAACUGGAGGGUUUCGACUUGAUUAUUUAUGACAGCAUCAGCAAUGGUGGUGUAUUGAUCGGAGAGAAGUUAGAUAUUCCAAGGGUGGAGAUACUGCCCGCACCACCAAAUGUCCCAUUUGCGUUCGCCCAUAUGAUUCCGAUGCCGGUGUCGUACGUUCCCCAGCUUAUUACCGGGUUUUCUGACGAGAUGACAUUUUUGGAAAGAGUACUCAAUUUAGGAACAUAUUUGGUCAUUAAACUCGCUUUUAGUCUCGUCAGCUACAGAAAAAUGGACGCUUUAAAGGUUAAAUACAACAUUAAACCUGAAAGAAGCUUCCAGGAGGCUCUUGCGGAUGCCGAAAUGGUUAUUAUCGGAGCAGAUUUUGCCGUGGAAUAUCCACAACCUCUUCUGCCAGGUAUGACAGCUUAUGCGAAAAGCCUAAAGGAACUUCAUCAUUAACCUAAGUCCAGGAGACAGCGCUAAACGUUGUUCAAGUGCUCUUCUGGAAAAAAUUUUCCCCCAAAUUAAUGGGUACUAGAAUGUCGCUUUCUGGGCGCGGCUUAAACUCGUUUUAACGCCUUAAAGAAUUUUUUGAGGAACAUAGUUUCCGCCAGUUUUUGGGUUAAUUCCCUAAUCAGCCUGCUUAGCGGGCGCGAUUCUCGUUCUUCUGACCAAAAGGAUCGCGGCCUCUGGGACAAGAACUGCAGAACGGGUGAAAGAGAAAUUCAGGCUCGCCCAAUAUUUCUUCAGGGGCACCCAACGAGGAUAUAGUUCAAAACCACUUAACGUAGCAUUGUUGAACGUAUUUUAGUAUUCAAACGGUGGAUAUAGGCAUAUAUUUUUAUCCCCUAAAAACCUUUUCAUCUGUUCGGAUUUCCUAGCUGAAAGUCUAGUGAUCCGAAAAUUAUAGGGAUAAAAACCUUCUCGACCUUCUCAGGAAAAUUUCAGCCUUUUAGGGUAAAAAAAGGUUAAAAAUGGGUAAUUAUACCAUUUUGUAGAUGUUCGAAAAUUCUAGGUGGCAUUUUUCGAAUAAGGUCGAAAAAAUCCGUUAAAAUCCUAAAGGGGUUAAUAAUUAUACCCCCAUUUUCUAGAUGUUUGAGUGAAAAAUCCUAGGAGACUUCCCCGAGGAGGAGUCUUCUUCAGGCAGAAACCUUUCUUUGUUACUUCUUCGCGUUUUGUUAAGAUUUAUUGUUUUGUUACAAAAUAAAAAUACUUCUGAAAACGAUGAAAAUUCUAGAUCUCAAAUCGUCUUCCGAACAAAUAUUUUAAGCGCCCAGGGUGGUUAAUCGAAUAAAAAAUUGCCUUUAGAUCUCAAAUCGUCUUCCGAACAGAUAUUUUGCGAACAUACCGUUUGAAAUCUAUGCCCUAAAAGACCGCCCACCCCUUUCUUAAAGUCCCAACGACAGAUCGAAAGGGAAAAAACUGAGCUGGGAGAAAUUACAUAAAUUACCUCGCUUGUGAUAUUAGUAUGUGUAAUCAAAUGGUGACGAGUGAAAUUAGGGAAUAAUUUCACGCGCGUUUUGUCGAAGGCGAGGGAAAUUAUUAGGAUUUGGACAAAACGCAAGUGAAAUUAUUCCCUAAUUUCACGAGUAUACCAUUUGAUUACCUAUUAAUAUCAUGGGUGACGAAUUACGUUAGCUAUCUUUGAUUUUUGACAUGUUUAUCCUGGAUCGUAUCGAUGGAGAACUCCACUCUCUCAAAUGUUUAGACCUUAAAUUUGGCUUAUAAAGUUCAGAAUUUUUCAGACUUUUUCGGCAAAAUACCUGUUAGAAUCCUUCUUGAUGUUCUCUUGUGUGUUCAGGUUUUCUAAAGCGUCUUUUUGUGCCCUGACAUCCUCAUUCACGGCAUUUUAAAACUUCGUCGGAAGGGUUGCCAUGACAAUUUUGUAAUUUCACAUGUGAAAUUACAAAUGAACGCUGAAAUUUCGCGCCAAAAUUAAGUAGUAAUUCGUCACCUAUGAUAUUACAGCGCAUAACGAACGCAGGAAUAAAGAAAUGAAGUCGAUAUUGGAAACGGCUGAGGAAUGAUUUUGUCAAAGAAUCAAUUCUUCAAUAAAGUCUAUGGGUUGUAAUACGCUUAAUCCGAUAUGACUGUAUUAAUACUAAACUGAUGAUUACGGACUGGUCUUUUUGUUAGGUCAAGUCAUGGUUGGGGCUCUGAAUGUCAAAACAGCCAAGCCUCUUCCCCCAGAGUUAGAGAAAUUUGUAAGUGCCUCAGGAGAGCGUGGCUUCAUUAUCGUUUCCUUUGGAACCAACGUGGCUUCUCUUCCCAAAGUGGAGGUGGAUAUGCUCGCUGAAGCAUUUGGAAAGUUGAAACAAAGAGUUGUUUGGAGAGUCAAAGGUAAUCACGGAGUGACUACAUAUAUAUAGUUUGCACUUAUCAUUUUUUCAAACUGGGGAUGUGUAAACGGGUGGAGCUUUUAUGUGAUGAGGUAUAGAAUAUGGUAGAAAAAAUAAUGAUUUAAUAGGUGAUUGGAAGGUCAGUGCUCCGAAAGUCAUUACUGCAAGCCGGUACGUAGUACUAGACAAAUUGGGAGCUUUAGCAUCGACGACAGCGACGGCAGCAAAAACGUCACUUUAAAAAUGAAUUCGCACUUUUUCUAAAAUUUGUCGCAUUUAUUCCAAUUCACUGAAAAUGUCAAAUGUAGGCGGAUUUCCCUGGAGAUGAUUUCUUGGUGAUCGCAGUUAAGUUUAGAAAGAGAAAGAAAAAUUCGUCGUCGCUUGUUUACGUCCUCCAUAAACCGUGAAAUUAGGCAUUUUCACGUCGUAGUCGUGCGGUGAAGGCAAGGAAAUCUUCAAAAAGCGUGAUGCACGUGCAAAGUUUUUUUUGCUAACAAACGUAUUGCUUGUUUGACGUCCUUGUUGCCGUCGUCGUCGCGUUGCUAAAGCUCCUUAUUGAGGGGCAAGCGUUCGACAUGUCACGUUUUUCAAGAGUUUCUUCGCAUCUCCUCUGUACCUUCAAACCUCAGCCCUAGUAGACAAUGAUAACGGUGAUUGGAAACUAACUCCCUCAUCCUUGGUUUCUGGAAUCAAAUCAGAAUGACUCUAUUCUUUUACAGGUUACAUACCUUCUUCCUUGAGCCCAAACAUCAAAGCACUGGAGUGGUUACCUCAGAAUGAUCUUCUGGGUCACAAGAACAUUAAGGCGUUUGUGUCUCAUGUAGGACACAAUAGUCUUUACGAGUCGGCAUAUCAUGGGGUUCCUGUGGUGGCGUUUCCUUUGUUUGCAGACCAGCACUCUAAUGCAAAGAAAAUCGUUCAUCUUGGUCUUGGUUUAUCUGUGCAUCACCGAACUACUAGCGUGCAGCAGGUGGUUGAAACGAUUGAAACUGUUGUUUCCGAACCAAGGUAUUAUUCCGUUCUUCUUUUCUCCCAUAAAGUUCACAGAGAAUGUAAGGCUAAAGGAGAUUUGAGACAAGGGAACUUCACGUAAAAUAAAAUCUAAUCGAAAAAAAAGGAAUGCAAUCACGUGAUCAGCAGCUAUGCAAAUUUCUUGCAACAAAGAACAUUUUUACAUUUUACUGUGUUCAAUCCGAAUAUUUCGAUACAUAACAUGGUCGCUGUUCCAUUGUUUUGGGAAACCAAUAUGGCCGCCGUGACGUCAUGUGAAGACGAGCUAUGGCACCAACUCAAAAUACAAGAAUACAGUUUAUUAGCGUUGAUUAUGCUACCCGCCGCCUGGUUAGUUCAGUUGGGAGAGCGCCGGUCUGCCGAGCGGGAGGUCGCGGGUUCAAACCCCGGCCGGACCAACACUCAGAGUCUUUAAAUAACUGAGAAGAAAGUUCUGCCUUUCAGUAACGACAUCUGCAAAUGGUUAGACUUUCUAGUCUUCUCGGAUAAGGACGAAAAACCGUAGGUCCCGUCUCACAGCAGUUUCACUGAUUUGUUCUUGUGGGACGUAAAAGAACCCACAUCACUAUUCGAAAAGAGUAGGGGUCGUAGACCCCGGUGGUGUGGCCAACCUUUACGGGUUGUGGGAUUGGGCAGGGAUGGCACCUCGCAUGGGACCUGAGUCCCGUUCGUGCACAUUCCCUCUGGGCAGGCCUGUGUCCAGAAAAGCUGGUAAAUAAAUAAACAAAUAAUGAUACUUUUCGUGUAAUUACUUUAUUUACAGAGUCAAAAAUUAGACCCAAUAUAGCUACUCUUGUCUUUUGUUGGUACAGGUAUUUCACUUGCGUUUGCCCAACUGUUGAAUUAAGCGAAUUAAUUAACCUUCCGUGAAAGGUUUGAACCCAGAAGUCAUUUCAUUAGUAGUUUGAGUAUGAUCGUUCGGGUGAACGUAGUCCUCAAUAGGACUGUUAUUGUUGACGGUGUCUGACGCUUCGACAACCUGUGCGGUUGCCAUCUUCAGAGUCAAAGUGAUUUUCAAUUAACGCUUCGUUGACAUCUGAGUGUUCUUGACUUGCGCUUGGGCUUAAAGGUUGCAACAUAAUGAAGCAAUUUAUUGCUCUUGGGUUUUCUUUUGAACGGGCCUCAGGUUUUUAGUUCAGAGUAACCUUAAUUUCAUUCGACAUUCGCCACUUAAAACAAUUAGAAGAAAACUGGACCGGAAAGACCUCUGGGACUGUUUUUGGGGACGGGAAAAAAUUGGCCAAUAGCUGACUGGCGCGUCACCAGUAACGAUCCCAGAAGCAAUUGCGGGACGCAUCUCGGCUCCAGCUCCCUUCUAGUUUCUAAGCUGAUGAAUGUUAGGACACAAAUGACCUCAUCUGUCUUUAUUGUUCUUUUAGAUUUAAAUCCAAUGCAAUGCACAUCUCUGGUUUGUUACAAGAUCGCAGACGUACGCCUCUUCAAGAAACUGCUGAUUGGAUAGAGUAUGUACUCAGACAUGGUGGAGCUCGUCAUCUCAGAGCUCAAGUGCUUAACAUCCCUUGGUAUCAGUACUACCUACUUGAUGUUAUAGCUUUCAUUGUUGCCAUAGUGACCUUUGUGGUCAUGGUGAUAAGGUUAAUGUAUAAAUGUAUGUGCCGAGUCUGUUGUAAGAGGGGAGAGAGUAAAACUAAGAAGGAGUAACUUGGCAAAGGAGAAACCCUUAUCGCGAACUAGACUACGAAUAGUCCCCCAUUUUUCCUCCGGGAUAGUAGAGCGAGCGAAAAGCGAGCGCGCGUGAAAAUCACCCCACGCGAGAAAAGGCGACUGAUUUUCACGCGCGCUCGCGUUUCGCACGCUCUACUAUCCCUGAGGGAAAAUGGGGGACUAGUCGUAGUCUAAUCGCGAACGUGAACUGAUCUUUAUUGUGUACUCAGUACAACUGUUGUGAUCUUUUCUAGUUGAUGUGUUAAAACCAGGGUUUGCUGGUCACAGAACACGUAGACAUUGCAAUGAAUCAUACGUGAAGCGAAGCCGAACGCAGGAAAAGGCGUUCAAGCGCUCUGCCUUUUUUUACUGAUUGGAUUAAAGUAUUAAUAAAGACGGGCAUUUCGUAUUUGUAUUGUUGGGUGUGGAGUCUGCCUGUAAUGCACCCCACUGUUGAUAGUUAAUCGGUGGACCUUAAAUUAGACUUUAAACCAAAACAGUACAGUUGACUCCUGAUAACUCGGACCCGCACUAACUCGAACUUUGCCCCAACUCGAACCAAAGUCGACUCCUCAGGGUUUCCCUCAUACAUUUACUGCAAUUUUACCCUCGAUAACUCGAACCUCUCGCUAACUCGAAGUAAAUUUUUGUUUUCUUUCAGAUCAUUUCUAUAUAACUUUAUCCUCGAGAACUCGAACCAUGUUUUCAGCGCGCGAGAAGUCGGGAAAAAAACAGUGUACUAAGUCCGAAAUACUGAAUUUAUUUCAAAACAACCGUGUCGAUUCUUUAUCUUUACUUUUGUUGUUACUCCAGUUCAAAUUCAGUGUCCAUCCCUAUAUUGAAGAAGCUUUGUUGCUUAAUAUCAAUCAUAUCUCUUGCUGCCCCUAAAGUGAAGAGUACAUGAUAGUUGCAUUCCCUCUCAAUCCAUUUGCUUCCUUGUUUACAGCUAUUUGCUUUGAACUCCUGAUAACUCGAACAUUUUUCCGAUUUCCCUAGAAGGAUCGAGUUAACGGGAGUCAACUGUAAUUUCAGUAAAAAAGGGUUCCAAUUUCAAUUAGACUUCUUCGAGGCCUUGGUGACUUAUAUCGGUUUUAGCUCCGCCCUACGAUCAAACCAAUGAGAGACGCAACCGUUUCUCUUGUUGAAGACGGUUUAACUUCCUAGCAGUAAAAGUCGUGGAAACACAAGUGGAAAAAUGGUAGAUCUUGCGUGACCAACGUAAACAAGUAAAGCGAGUGAAAAAAAAGAGACUCCAUUUUCUAAGUCGUCAUCUUGCCGAAGGGAAAUCGUUGGGAUGUUUCAUGGUUUUAUUUCUGCCGGUUUAGAAGUGCAAUACACCUGGAUGUAGGACAACGUGUAGCCAGGAGGUGAUUUUACUUCAGGCAAAAUCGCCACUUACUCAGUUUUAUGGAAUCUUCUCGCAUUCGUUUGUGGCAGUUAGGAUGCUCCUCGGUUAACGAAUCGUGGACGGAGUUUUUGUAACGCUUGAAAUAGAAAAGAUCGAUUGUUAAGAGAAGCAACGGUGAGUAAAGUGUCCUUAAGGAAUGAGACAAUGGUGGUGAAGUCCCUCAAAAGCCACGGUAAACAGGCACAGGGCUACCAGCACGAGGGUCUGUCAUUUUAGCCUGAAGUGGCCUAUGUAAGUGAAUCUGGAAUCCUGGGAAAUGUUUGAAUGCUGGAAAGUUAUACUCGUGGAAUCCGGAAUCCAGGGCUUUGGAAUCCGGAAUACAGCUCAAUGAAUCCAGAAUCCCACUAAAGAUUGGAAUUCUACUGACAAAGAUCUGGAACCCAGUACCUGGAAUCCGGAAUCCACGGCGUGGAAUCCAAAAACCAAGAGUAUCUUCGAUUCCCUCUCGUAGGGCGACCGGGAAUAUGGACUUAAAGUUCUAACGGCGCGGACGACAACGAGAACGUCACAAAACAAUAGGUUUAAUGAGGAAAACAACAACUUCGCACGUGCAUCACACUUUUUUGUACAUUUCUUGCCCGUUUUUGGACGAAUACGACGUGAAAAUGCCUAAUUUCGAGUUUAUGGAGGACAAGCAACGAUGAAAUUUUCUUUCUCUUUCUGAGCUUGAAUAUGGUCCCUUGAAAUUCAGUUUCAGGAGGGCGACAUUUGACAAAGCCUGGGGGAAUAAUUUAAAGACUGAAAGAACGACGACGUUCUUGUUUCAAAGUUUGAAUUGGCAUCUUUCUCAUUUGAAAUCUCGCUUAAAUCUACGUGGCUCGCGUUUGCCUGAUCAAAUAGCCAUACUUUACCUUGUUGAAGAUAAGUGCUAAAUCACUAAAAAUGUUAUGUUGAGCGCAUGAUUAAAGGAUCCACUCUUCCUUAGAGUUGUGCGAAAAUAUAUGUAUACUAAGGUAGCUCUCGUGAGCGGACAACCUCGGGACGCGAAAAAGGUGUCCUCUGUUACUGGAGCUGGCCGCUUACGAGAAUUGUUCUCAUCGUGGCCACUAGGGGGGGGGGGAAGGGGUUAGAUGGUUGCUUACUAGAUCUUGCUCAACUACAAAUAAACAUUGGGAAUGUAAAAAAAAAAACAGGUGGUUAUUGUUUGGCUACACUGUUGUUCUGACGAUGUUUUAAUUCAGGCCCAAGCAUAAAAUUAAAGUAGUGGUUUGAAGUGUAACUGAAUGAGUAUGUGAAAAAAAAAAAACUCUGAAACUAAAUUUAGUGUGUCGAACAGUGACUUAAGUCGAUCUAUCAAAAUACUAGAUUCAAAGACGAAUGAAAUUUCAUUUCUGGUGUCCGCUUACAGGAGCUUAAAAACAAAGCUAAACUCCAACUCGCAAACACUAAAAGUGUCCGCGGUCUCUUACGGAAUUGUCCGUUUACGGAAAUAUAAAAAUACAGAGUUCGUAUGGGAGUUAAAACUGGUUUUGUGAAGGCGACCGUAAGUAGAGCUGUUCGUUCCCGCUUACGAGAGUGUCCGUUAAGAGAGCUUCCAAUAUAUAAAAACACCAAACGAGAUCAUUAUGUUGGAGUAUGGUCUCCUAAUUUAGAGAGCAAAGAUAGUCCGAAUCACGCCCAGAAUGGUGUGGGCUGCUAAACGCAUAUCUACGUCCCUAUAUGAGAGACCCCACCCCCCGUCCCUGGGCUCACCUGGGAUUGUAUCCGAGCAACUGAGGAUUACGUAACGUAGGUAAACAGAAGGGGGACGCGGACGCCGAGCGCAAGCACGCGUGAGAUUGCUACUGAAGAUGGUGCAGUUGUUAUCGUUACUUUUGCUGUUAUUGGCAGUUAAUUCUGCUUCCUCUGCCAAGGUAGCCGGUUUUGUAGCCGUUGGUGGAUCGGGAUACAUCAACAUGAGACAUAUCAUGGAAGAACUGGCUUCUCGCGGCCACGAGGUACGCUUAUAGUAUAUUUGCAUCAUACUCUCUGAGUAAAAGCUGACAUCCUGUACUGUAUUUGAAGGACACUAGCCUCAGAAAAACCUAAUUUAUCAGGCAGACGCUUGGCGAGUGUCUUGUGGGAGCUCAUGGGUAGAUCUCUCAGAGCCGUGACUAAUUUUCGUAGAUUGGUGAUCUUUCAACUCUCUAGCUCACAUGACGGCAAAAAAAAAAACACAUUCGAAAUUUUAAUUGAAUAGGCAGGGGAUAGGUAGAAGAUGAGAAGAUCAAAAUCUGCCGUUCAAUCAUGAAAAAUUUUCGAAAAUUUUUACGGUUUUCUUAAAAAGUUUGCUAUCGUGACUGACUCAUCGCGAGGGUAGCUCAUUAUUUAUUCAAGAGAUUUAGAAUUUACUCACCUUGCAAACUCGAUAUUGACCAGUUAUUUUUCUGCCAGUCAGCAUUUACAGCGUAGAUAUUUCAUCACUACACAAAAAUAAUCAAACAGCUAAAACAAUACUUUUGAUUAAUGAUUAGUCAUGGUGAUGAUGGCCUUACAGCCUAUUGUGUGGCCAGUGAGAAUAUCAAAAAUAUGUAUUACGGACUAUGGACUAUGGACUACGGACUUCAGACUGCGGGUAUAAAAAGCAAACUGAGUAUAAAACACUGACUAGGUAUAAAAAUGUGGACUGCGGACUAUCUUUAAAAAACAUAGCGCUAAUUGUUUCUAGAAGUAAUAAAAGUAGAUAUUUAAGUUUGCGAUCUCGAGCAAUUUGAAGUCAUUCGCACCUUCAUUUCAGUGGUCCUCAGUAUCACUCUAGAUCUUUCUCCCGUCCCCAGAGGGCCUUUCUGGUCAGGCGCUAUGUAUCGGAACGCUUUUGGCGCUGGGGACAAGAUUGUAUUAUACCUGAGAACCCCAACCCCACUUUCCUAACCGUAUGUGCGAUUUCUGCUUAUUUUGUUUUGCUGUAUCAUCUAUAUCUAGGUUGCACUUGUUGUUCCAUCCUCCCGUAAAUUGAAACCAACUGAUAGAUUGCCACUCAAGAGCCACAAGAUUUACAAAGUGCCAUACAAACCUGGCUUCGAAGAGGAGAUGAUUCGGCUCGAAUUAGAGGGACGCACUUUUCAGUUCUUCAUGAAAAUGAAUGAAAUAUUGUCUACGUUAUGUGAAAGCGUCUUGAACAGCACGGAAAUCUUCAAGGAACUGGAGGGUUUCGACUUGAUUAUUUAUGACAGCAUCAGCAAUGGUGGUGUAUUGAUCGGAGAGAAGUUAGAUAUUCAAAGGGUGGAGAUUAUGCCAGGACCACCAAAUAACCCAUUUGGGUUCGCACAGAUGAUUCCGAUGCCGGUGUCGUACGUUCCCCAGCUAAUCACCGGGUUUUCUGACGAGAUGACAUUUGUGGAAAGAGUACUCAAUUUAGGAGCAUAUUUGGUCUUUAAACUCGGUGUAACUCUUAUUAGCUACAGAAAAAUGGGCGCUUUGAAGGUUAAAUACAACAUUAAACCUGAAAGAAGCUUCCAGGAGGCUCUUGCGGAUGCCGAAAUGGUUAUUAUCGGAGCAGAUUUUGCCGUGGAAUAUCCACAACCUCUUCUGCCAGGUAUGACAGUUUUAAGAAAAGCCUUUUAAAUAACUUUGCCGAUAACAAUUAAAAUUAUUGGGGAAGGUGAAGUGUCGGCUGAAGAAAAUGUUGUUCAAGGCGCAACGACACCAAAAGUGCUCUUCGCUAGUGUUUCGCCCCUAAAUUUAAAAGGUACCAGUCGAGAAUGUCGCUUUCUGAGCGAGCUUUGAAUUUGUUUUAACCCCUAAAAAGCAUUUGUUGUGUGACAUAGUUUCCGUCAGCUUUCGGCUUAAUUCCCUGAACAGUUUGCGUAGCGAGCGCGAUUCUAGUUCGUUCCGCUGAUUAAAAGUGUCGUGGCCUUCUCCCGGCUAGACAAGAAUUUGCGGCCCGCGGGCAAGAGAAAUUCAGCAGUCUCGCCCCAUAUUUCGUAUGCUCCUGGCUUGUAAACUAUGCCCUGAAGGAUCCCUUAAAGUCUCCUCGGCAAAUCUUAAGGCAGAAAACUGAGAUGAAAAAAAUACAUAAAUUCUGCUCUGGCUUGUGAAUUCAGUGCGCAUUACGAGUGCAAUACUCUGGGUACCAGAGGUUUUUCUCGCGUGUGGCGGGAAUUUUCAGUGUUGGCCGAAGGCCGACACAUCUUCGGCCGUAAUGCGCGUCACUAUAAAAACUUGACAGAAACCGGAAACCGCGCUAGAAAAGUCUCUGGCACCCAGGGUACGAGUGCAAGAAUAAAGAAAUGAAUUCGAUAACGGAAACCACCCAAGAAUCAGUUCAUUAUAUUAAUAGAAUCUAUGGACUCCAAUACCCUUAACCUGGUUUGACUGUAUUAAAUUGACACUGAUGGUUGAUUACGAUUAUGUUUUCCUUUUUUUGUAAGGUCAAGUCAUGGUUGGGGCUCUGAAUGUCAAAACAGCUAAGCCGCUUCCUUCAGAAUUGGAGAAAUUUGUAAGUAACUCAGGAGAGCAUGGCUUCAUUAUCGUUUCCUUUGGAACCAACGUGGCUUCUCUUCCCAAAGCAGAAGUGGAUAUGCUCGCUGAAGCAUUUGGAAAGCUGAAACAAAGCGUUGUUUGGAGAGUCAAAGGUAAUAUGGAUUGUCUACAUGUAAAUAGUUUGCAACGUUUUGCAAACUGGAGAAGCGUAACAGGGGCGGAUCCAGGAUAUAUUUUAGGAGGGGGUGCACUCGUCUCUUUCUCUACUUCAACACCAAUAAGCCACAUAGUUUUUUUUUUCUGCAGAAUACCAGUUGUAUUAGAAAACCGCAGGUCAUCUCAGGGGGGGGGGGUGCGGACCCCCUGCACCCUCCCCCUAGAUCCGCCCCUGCGUAAACGGGCAGGUAUAGAAUAUGGUAGAGAAAAUAAUGAGAAGGUGAUUGGAAGGUCAGUGCGCCGAAAGUCAUCACUGCAAGCUCGCUGUGAAGCACUAAACAAAUUGAGGGACUAGGGUCCACGUCACGUUUUCAAGGGUUUCUUUGCAUCUCCUUUGUAUCUACAAACCUCAUCGCUAGUUGAGUUCCCUGAUUUCUGGAAUCAAAUCAGGAUGACUGUUUUCUUUUCCAGGUUACAUACCUUCUACCCUGAGCCCAAAUAUUAAAGCUCUGGAGUGGUUACCUCAGAAUGAUCUUCUGGGUCACAAGAACAUCAAGGCGUUUGUGUCUCAUGUUGGACACAAUAGUCUUUAUGAGUCCGCGUAUCAUGGGGUUCCUGUGGUGGCAUUUCCCUUGUUUGGAGACCAGCACUCUAAUGCAAAGAAAAUAGUUCAUCUUGGUCUUGGUUUAUCUGUGCAUCACCGAACUACUAAUGUGCAUCAAGUGGUUGAAACGAUUGAAACUGUUAUCGCUGAACCAAGGUAUUUUUUCGUUUUUCUUACCUUCCACAAAGUUAGGGACUGUGUAAUAAUUAUCAGGAAGGGGGGUUCCUAACAUGAGCUUCACCAAAGGAAAAAUUAGAUAGGUCCCCCCUCCAGCAGCGUCAAGAUUAGCUCUGACCCCCCCUCACGUUCUCUCAAAAUUAUGAUGUGCCUCCCCCUCUCUAACCCGUACCUUUAUUCACUGUACUACAACGCAUUCCACGGCGUCGUCAGGGAUGAAGAGCACCUCGAAACUUUGUUCUUCAUAAUCGUCAAUUUCCGAAUCGUCUGAUUGUUCAUUAUCUUCUUGGUCUUCGGAACUGCUAGAUUGCUGCUCAUCCGGGUUUUCUUUACCUUGAGCUUCCCCAGCACCUAGAACACGAGCUACGAGUACUGCUUUCCCUCCGCUGACUAGUAAACCGUGUUCCUUUAGGUAGAGUUUCAGUUUACUUGCAGACAGCGAGUUGACUUCAACCUCGUCGGACCAAUUAAUGUCUGGAAGUUUGUUCCUUUCCGUUGCCCGUUUUUUUGCUUUUAUUGCAAGGAAUUUUUGGUGCUCUAUGAAGUGAUGACAACUAUGAAACAGAAGCAUGUGACAUUCCUCAGCUAGAAACUGUAUACCUAUAAACCCUCUCGCUGUUUAAAUCAAGAACAGACCUGGCAUGUCUGCGGGACCUCUUAAAUGCCAAAUGUUUUAUUGGCAAAGCUCACAACGUGGUUUGUGACUUCUGUGCAUGGACGAUUGUGUCAAUCUAUCAUAUGUUGACAUUCUAAAUAAGUUAAAGCAUGUGUUUAUGUUGAUGCAAUAUUUAGACAUUAUGGAUAGUCAAAGGAGUGGCAUCUGUCUAUUUGGAAAAUGUUUAUUUAUUCAUUACCGAAUUUGUGAAAUUUAAUUAAGACCCCCCCUCAACUUACUUGAGAAAUCUAAUGUAGAGCCCCCCCCUCCUUUCCAUUAUUUUAACUUAAGGCCCCCCCUCCUGAUAAUUAUUGCACAGUCCCUUAGCCUGUUCCAGGCUCCGAGAUGGUGGUGGAAAGUCGUUAAGUGAAAAGAAAUGCGAAAAACGCGCGGGGGCUCGGGAGAGACAGGGCGGCGUCCCAUUUUUCCCGCCGCCACCGCCCCCUUUCCCAAGUCGUGCGCGUCUUAUUUUCGCUUUGCUCGUUUUAAUACGUUUCCACUAUACUAUCUGAGAUCCUGGCACAAAGUUCGCCAUGAAUGUAAGACCAAAAGAGCUUUUGAGACAAGAGAAAAGGGAACUUCACGUAAAAUGAAAGCUAAUCGAAAAAAGGGAAUGCAACUUAUAGUUGGUUGCCACUCACGUGAUCAGUUGCUAUGCAAAUUUCUUGAAACCUUUUUUACAUGUGAAAAGAGAUCAAUGAGAAUCUUUUUCUGUAAACCAACACGGCCGCCGUUUCAUUGUUUUGUACACCGAUAUGGCCGCCCUGAAGUCGUGUGAAAACGAUCUAUAGCAGCAACUAAAAAAUUAAGAAUGCGGUUGAUUAGCAUUGAUUAUAUUAAUCAUACUUUUCGUGUCAUCAUUUGCAGACAGUCAAAAAUUAGACCCAAUAUACCUACUUGUGUCUUUUGUUCCUACAGGCAUUUCACUUGCGUUCGCCCAACUGUUAAAUUAAGCGAAUUAAUUAACGCUUCGUGAAAGGUUUGAACCCAGGAGUCAUUUCAUAAGUAGUUUGAGUAUGAUCGUCCGGAUGAUCGUCCGGAUGAACGUCGUCGACAACCUGAAUAGGUUGAUCUUGUCAAAGUGAUUUGUAGGUUGAGUAUGAUCGUCCGGGUGAACGUAGUCGCGAAUAGGACUGUUGUUGUUGACAGUGUCUGAGAACCUGUGCGGUAGUUGUCAUCGUUCAGAGUCCCGAAAGGAUUUUGAAUUAACCUGUUGUCAAAGCGAUUUUUAAUUAACGCUUCGUUGACAUCUUUAGCCUCUAACUUGAGUGUUCUUGACUUGCACUUGGGCUUAAAGGUUGCAACAUAAUGAAGUGAUUUAUUGCUCUUGGGUUUUCUUUUGAACGGGCCUCAGGUUUCUAGAGCAAAGUAGCCUUGAUUUCAUUCAACAUUCGCCACUUAAAAAACUAGAAGAAAACUGGACCGCAAAGACCUCUGGGACUGUUUUCGCGGACGGGAAAAAAUUGGCCAAUAGCUGACUGGCGCGUCACCAGUAACGAUCCCAGAAGCAAUAGCGGGACGCCCUCGGCUUCAGCUCCCGUCUAGUUUCUAAGCUGGUGAAUGUUAGGACACAAAUGACCUCAUCUGUCUUUGUUGUUCUUUUAGAUUCAAAUCCAAUGCAUUGCAUAUCUCUGGUUUGUUAAGGGAUCGCCGACGCUCCCCUCUUCAAGAAACUGCUGAUUGGAUAGAGUAUGUACUCAGACAUGGUGGAGCCCGGCAUCUCAGAGCUCAAGUGCUUAACAUCCCUUGGUAUCAGUACUACUUACUUGAUGUUAUAGCUUUCCUUGUUGCCAUAGUGACCUUGGUGGUCAUAGUGAUAAGGUUAAUGUAUAAAUGUCUGUGUCGAGUCUGUUGUAAGAGGGGAGAGAGUAAAACUAAGAAGGAGUAA